AUGUCAAAUAUUGAAUCCGCAAUCUAUGGAGCUUCUGCUUCAAUCAUUGCAAAUACAAUAGUUUAUCCAUUAGAUCUUGUUAAAACUGUUAUUCAAACUCAAUUAGAAUUAACUAAAGAUCCAAAUGAUUCUAUUUUGAAAGAACGUUAUAAAAACUCAUUGGAUGCUUUAAUUAAAAUUUAUCAAAAAAGAGGAAUUUCAGGUCUUUAUAGAGGUUUAUCAUCUUCUUUAUUAGGUACUGCAGUUCAAAGUUUUACUUAUUUUUAUUGGUAUUCAUUCGUACGUAAAUUAUGGUUAAAAUUCAAGACUCUAAAGAAAUUAAAUAAAUUAAAUUCAACACCUGAAGAAUUAUUAUUAGGUAUAGUUGCAGCUGCUUUAGGUCAAUUAUUUACAUCUCCAAUAAGUGUUAUAUCAACAAGACAACAAGUUUCACCUGAUAAAAAUCCAACUGUCUUGGAAACUUCAAAAAACAUUUUGAAAGAAGAUGGUAUAACUGGUUUUUGGAGAGGUUUAAAAGUUAGUCUUGUAUUAACUAUAAAUCCUUCAAUCACAUAUGCAUCAUUUGAAAGAAUUAAAACUAUUUGUUUCCCUCAAAAAUCAAUUUUAUCACCACAUGAAUCAUUUUUAUUAGGUGUAUUAUCUAAAAUGUUGGCAACUGUUAUAACUCAACCUUUAAUUAUUUCCAAGGCAAUGUUACAAAAAAAUGAUGAUAAAAAUGAUGAAAAUUUAAAAAAUUUCCAAAAUAUUUUAAAAUAUUUGAUUAAAAAUGAAGGUUUUAAAUCUUUAUGGAAAGGUAUUUUACCUCAAUUGACUAAAGGUGUUCUUGUACAAGGGUUUAUCUUUAUGUUUAAAGAUCAAUUGAAUGUAUUGUUUAAAGUUAUAUUCACAUUGAUUAAAGUUCGUAAACAAUCAAUUGUUUUAAGUAAAUAA